AUGUCCUACUACUUUGCCAUCGUCGGCACGCAAGACAACCCGCUCUUCGAGCAUGAAUUCGGCUCGUCCAAGCAGGGCGGCGACGGCAUGUCGCGGUUCAGCGAACAGGCGCGGCACAUGAACCAGUUUAUCGUGCACAGCAGUCUAGAUAUCGUCGAGGAGGUGCAAUGGGGCACAGGGCAAAUGUAUCUCAAGUGCAUCGACAAGUUCUUCAACAACUACGUAUCCUGCUUCAUCACGGGCGGCAACAUCAAGUUCCUUUUGCUGCACCAGCCCACGACACCCGUGUCGACCGCCUCGUCCCGGAGCUCCACCUCCAUUGCCGCGAACCCGACGAGUCCCCAGACCGAGGAGGCCAUCAAGAGUUUCUUCAUUGAAGUAUACGAGAACUGGGUCAAGACCAUCAUGAGCCCCUUCUACCGCGUCAACAUGGAGGUGAGCAGUCCGACGUUCAGGCAGAGGGUCGCUGCGGCUGGGAGGAAAUACCUCUGA